GUACAAGAGAGCAAAAUGCUCGCGUUCAGACAACUUUGCACAAAUAGGCUAAUAUCUAACGUAUUAAAAAGUAGUGUUACUCAAAUUCAUACACAGAACGCGCUUUUCAAACAAUCUGACACGUUAAAGCUGGUUAUAAGUGGCCAAUCUUUACUAUUUCCCUACGUGUGGUUGAGGGAUAACUGCCAGUGCGAACAGUGUUUCCACCGAUCAGCGAAAAGCCGGACAGUUGAUUGGAGCAAAUUCGACUUAAAAGUUAAGGCGAAAAAUGUCCAGAAGGACGAAAAUUCUGUGAAGCUUACCUGGGAUGACGGGCAUAUAUCGGAGUUUGACAUAAAGUGGCUCAAGUUUAGAAAUUUUACUGCAGAGAAUAAGAAAAUUUAUGACAGUGCUAUUUAUAAACCUGCAAAAAUUACAUGGGAAGGUAAGGAUUUUCAGAAGAUCUGUUAUAAACAUGAUUACGAUGAGAUUUUGAACUCGAACCAAGCAUUGUACAAUUGGUUACACAGUCUAUCAGUUUAUGGAGUAGCUUUGAUUCAAAACACACCGAAUUCUGCUACAGCUAUAGACAAAAUUGUGGACACCAUUGGAUUUACACGGAGAACACAUUAUGGCGUCAAAUUUGUGGUGCAAAAUGUACCUAAUACCAGUAAUGUAGCAUAUCUUAACACCAAUCUGCAAGUGCAUAUUGACUUGCCAUACUAUGAAUAUUGUCCAGGAGUAAAUAUGUUGCAUUGUUUAGAGCAAACUCAAAGUCAAGGCGGAGAGAAUAUUCUCUCUGACGCUCACUAUGUGGCUUCAUACAUUAAACAAAACCAUCCAGAACAGUUUAAGCUUCUAACGGAUGUUGAGAUUGAAUGGAGUGACAUUGGCACCGAAGAUGGUAAUGAAUUCUUCAAACUCCACAGAUCUCCAGUUAUUUGCUUGGAUAAACAUGGAGAAGUAAUGAGAAUUAAUUUCUCUGUGCCUCAAAGAGGAAAUUAUUUUCCAGGGCCAAUAGAACUAGUUCAACCUUGGUAUGAAGCAUGGGCCUUAUUUCUGAAUUUAAAUCAUAAGUUCUCGGCUAAAUUUAAGACGAAGGCUGGGGACAUCUUGACUUUUGAUAACAUAAGGUUGCUGCAUGGGCGGAAUGCAUAUGAAGACAGCUCAAAUAAUGUUCGGAAAUUGAUUGGUGCCUAUGUUGAUUGGGAUGAAAUAUACUCCCGGUGGAGAUGUUUAAAAGUUAAAUUGGAAAAUAUGGAUGGUGUUUGAUAUGAUGUUAUAGUUUUUAGCAAAUUGAAACACACUUUUAAUAACAUGUAGGUACAGAAUAUAUUUCAUUUUAGAAUGAAUUAAAUGUACAUUUAAAUAUUUCAAUUAUAUUUUUCUCACAUAUGCCACUAUUAUAAUAGGAUUGUUUCUGGAAGCUGUCGUUUUAACAUCUGAAUUGUAAAUUUUAUACAGCAGUUGUAGGGUCAUUGCGCUAGUUUUCCUCCAAUUGACGAAAUUUGAAUAUAAACCUUCAUUGCUGCACAAAUUUGGACUUAUUGCAAUCCUUAAUAUCUAAACAAUUUAUCUGUCAAGCUUAGAAUAAAUUUAAAAGUGGAAAAAUUACUGUCUUGGGUAAGACUUGAACUCACGGCCUCUGGAUAGAUACUCCAGCGCUCUGCCAUCUGAGCCACCAAGACCUCAUCCAUAGCCAGCAAAUCUUUCCA